AUGACUGUCGUCUUCACAGGAAGAGGGUUAGUGAAUUCAACAUGGCUGCCAUCCGCCCGGAUGACUUGAUGAUUUAAAGCAGUGUAUUUGUCCAACAGUAGGACAUUUGGUUCGGUUGGGUUCGGGUUAGCGGGUCCCUCCUCUGCUCCGUCAUGGCCCAGUGUGUUCACUCUGUGCAGGAGUUCGUUCAGGACUCUUUUGUUCCGAUGGUCGCCGUUUUAUGCAGCGAAGAAGCGGAGAGAGUCACCCGCAAAAACAACCUGAGUUUUGAUGAGCUGUUGAGGCCUUUCUGCAGACUGACAUCCGAAGGUCAUAUUCGGGAUCCCAACAACCAAGUGCAAAUGGUGAAGAACCUGCGCAUCUGCAUCAACAGUAUAGUUCCCAGCCCAAGCUCAGCAUCUGCCUCCCUCAGCCCGGCCCAGCGUCGACUGCUGGAUGAGGUGGUGUUAUUCUGCCAGCCACAAGAGGGCGCUGUCACCAGUGUGAUCACAGCAGGAGACUACGACUUCAACUUCAGUACCACCACACCCUGGUUUGAAGCUUACAGAGAGACCUUCCUCCAGUCCAUGCCUGCCUCGGAUCAUGAGUUCCUCAACCACUACCUGGCCUGUCUCCUGGUGGUGUCCUCCUCAGAGGCAGUUCCUGUUGAACAGUUCCUUAAACUUUCCCAAGAACAGCACAGGAUUCAGCACAGUGGAGAGUACACCCACCCAAAGUGGUUUAUCCCCAACACACUCAAGUAUUAUGUCCUCCUGCAUGACAUGAGUGAGGGGGAUGAACAGAGGGCAGAUGCUGUGUAUGAGGAUAUGAAACAGAGGUAUGGUCCUCAGGGAUGCUACCUGUUGAAAAUGAACUCUCGAACAUUUUUAGCAGAAACAGAUGAACAGAUUCCAGAUCCCUGGAGUCAAUACUUACACAAGAAUAACCUGCAUAAUCAGGACCUGUUUGAUGAGCAGACCCAGACUGUUGACAGUGAACCUGUGGAGAACCCUGUCGGUGCAGGUGCAGAUGGAUCGAGUAGCCACAAUCUCCAGCUGGAGACGGUCAGCAGCUCUGGGUUACUCCUUGGCCUCCCAACGGUCAACACUGACCUGAAGAAACCCGACCCGGACCACCCGUGUGGGGGAACGGGGAACCACGGUGCAUGUCUGACUCUGAAUGACCACGACCAUAUUAGACAGUUCAUCCAGGAGUUCACCUUCAGAGGCCUGUUACCGCACAUAGAGAAGAACAUCCGACAGCUCAAUGACCAGCUGGUGUCCAGGAAAGGUCUGAGUCGGUCCCUGUUCACUGCAACAAAGAAGUGGUUUGGUGGUGGGAAGGUUCCAGAGAAGAGCGUCAGUGAACCCAAGAGCACAUGUGGCCUUCUCUAUCCCCCAGAAGCACCCGAACUGCAGAUUAGGAAGAUGGCCGACCUCUGCUUCCUGGUUCAGCACUAUGAGCUGGCCUACAGCUGUUACCACACUGCCAAAAAAGACUUCCUGUCUGACCAGGCCAUGCUGUAUGCUGCAGGAGCCCUGGAAAUGGCUGCAGUGUCAGCUUUCCUUCAGACUGGAGCUCCCAGACCAUACCCAGCUCACUACAUGGACACGGCAAUACAGACGUACAAAGAUGUCUGCAAGAACAUGGCGUUGGCUGAACGCUGUACUUUACUCAGUGCAGAGAUCCUGAAGAGUCAGGGGAAAUAUUCAGAGGCUGCAACUCUGCUGAUUAAGAUGACCAGUGAGGACUCAGACUUGCGCAGUGCUUUAUUACUGGAACAGGCCGCCCACUGCUUUGUUAAUAUGCGGAAUCCAAUGUUGCGCAAGUUUGCUUUCCAUAUGAUCCUGGCAGGACAUCGGUUCAGUAAAGCAGGACAGAGAAGACAUGCUCUGCGUUGUUACUGUCAGGCCAUGCAGGUUUACAAGGGGAGGGGCUGGACUUUGGCAGAGGACCAUAUCAACUUCACCAUUGGCCGUCAGUCGUUCACACUUCGCCAGCCGGAGAACGCUGUAACAGCCUUCAGACAAAUCCUGGUCAAUGACAGCCAGCAGACGUCCACCCAGCAGGGGGCCUUCCUCCGAGAGUACCUGUACGUUUUCAAGAGUGUAAUCGGAGGAAGUGAAGCCAUCCUUCCUGAACUGCCUUUACCGUGCAUCCAGGGUUCAGCCACUCGGGUCUACUUCGGACAUGAACGCCGCCUUGCAGAAGGCGAAAAGCAGGCAGCAACACACGUUUCCCUGGACCAGGAGUAUGACCAGGAUCUGACAGCCAUGUGGGUUCAUCUGGAGGAGCAGCUGGUAGCCUCUGCCAACAGGGGGGUGAUUCCAGUGACUUUCCAACCUACACAGUACUGUCUGAACAACCAGACCGACAACCUACGCCUGCCCCUGGCUGUGGUGGAGGAACCAAUCAUAGUAGAGGUGACCUUAAGGAACCCUCUGAAGGUGUCCCUGGAACUGUCCAGCCUCUCACUUCUGUGGAGGUUCACUGCAGAUGGUGGAUCUUCGUCAAAGGAUGAGGCUAAUGGAGAGGUCGUCACCAAUGAGGAGAGCCUGGCUUCUGGGAUGACUUUGAACGAUGACAUCAUUACCAAUGAAAUCAUCCCUGUGUUUCAUUUGAGUCCAGAGGAGACCAAAAUGGCCCGACUCAAGUUGCUGCCCCACAGAACUGGACAGCUGAACAUUGUGGGUGUGGUGUAUAACCUGGCUGCAGCUUCAUCUGGAGACCACAGUGCUACCACUGAAGGUAAACAAACUGGACUGGAUAUGGUGGUUACUGGCAGACAGGACUUGAAGAUCCAAGGUCCGCGGCUCAAUCAGACCAAAGAAGACAAGAUGUUGGUUCGACAUGGAUCCGAUCAGCGUCUGAAUCCCAUCAUAACACCACCGAUGCCCCUCAUGGAGGUGUUCUUCCUGAAGUUUCCUACGGCUUUACUGUGUGGUGAGAUCAGAAAGGCCUACAUUGAAUUCUGUAAUGUCAGUGCAGUUGCAUUGUGUGGCCUGCGGGUGGCAUCCACACAUCCCAGUUUCUUCACGUUUGGGAGUCAAGUUACGACACCCGUCAGCCCCAACUCAGCUGAGAACUGUUCCGCUUAUAAAACCUUGGCCAAACCACCCGGGUCCCAAACAGGGUCUGGAGCUGCUGAAAUACUGGUUUCAGCCGAGGAUUUCAGCCAAGCACCAGGUGUGAUAGAGAUUCCAAUAUCUGGAGGAACCCUGCAACCAGGAGGAUCUACACAGCUUCCCCUGUGGCUCAGAGGACCAGACCAGGAGGGAGUCCAUGAAAUCAACUUUCUGUUCUAUUAUGAGAACACGGAGAAAGGAGGCAAAAUCAGUCAUCGGGUGUUACGCCACACAGUGUUCAUCUGUGCCAGUCGUUCGCUCAGUGUCCAGGCGUCAGCGUGUCACAGCAGCGUCCCUCAGCACCACCCUUCAGAUCAGGGAAGCAGCGAUGGAGCCCUGGUGUUUGUUGACGUGGAGAACAUUAAUACAAGUGAAGCUGGUGUUCAAGAGUUCCACAUUAUCCAAGUGUCGAGCAGCAGUCGACACUGGCGCCUCCAUAAGUUCAUCAACCCAAGCAAGGACAAAGACUGUAAACUUACAAGCAGAGAAAGAGCCAAGUUGUGCUUCAGGGCCAUUCGAUGCAAACUCCAUCAAGCUUCUCCGGACACAAUAGCUAAAUACACAUUUGCAGACCUGAAUCUAGGAAAUGAGCAGAUUAUUAGUUCUUCAACACCCUGUGGAGAUUUUUUCUUCCGUUGCUGUCAGACAUCAGAGUCUCAGCAGGUGGCGCCAUCUAAAGUAUCAUCCUAUGGUAAGAGUCAGCCUCCAGUCUGCGCUGAGAACCGGACCAGUGACAUCAGCAGCAUCCUCAAGAAGUGUAAUGAACUGGACCUCAACAUCAUCGUCAUCUGGAAGGCCUACGUGGUUGAAGACAACAAACAGCUGAUCCUGGAAGGUCAACUCCACGUGGCUCUGCAGACCGUUGGAAAAGAGGCCAGUUCUUUGACUCCCAGAAAGGAAGCUCAGGAGAUGGUGCUGUUGAAGUUCAAGUCUGAAGUCCCUCCUCCAGUCGUCCCUCCUUCUGCAGAACUGUCCCAGCUGAUUAAGACCAGCCUCCAGUACCCUGAGAGCUACAGCCACGCCUUCGUCCAGGACAGUCUCUGUGUGGUUCCUGUUACUUUGACUUUGACCAACUGCUCCUUGGCUCAGGCUGAUGUCAUCAUUGACCUGCGACACAAAAGCACCAAUCCGGACUCUCUGGAGGUCUACAGCCCGUUCACCUGGGUCGGUCAAACCCAGUACAAGCUGCAGCUGAAGGCCCAGGAAGUUCUGUGUCUGACUCUGAGAGCCUGUUUCCUCCAAGCAGGAGUCUACAACCUCAACACACCGCGAGUCUUCGCCAAGCCAGUUGAUCAGGGAAAUCUGUGUGAGACGAGACAACAGACGUCCUGUCCUGCUCUGAUGAUUAUUACAAACGCCUGAACGGAGCCGAACCCGCCACCGUCGACUCCACCUCCACCUGUACACUAAUGACCAAAUGUUUUUGAAUGAUUCUGCACAGUAACAAAUGCAUAUGUUUUCUAAGUAAAUUACAAAGAUGAUGUAUCGGGAGGAAAAAAAACAUUUUGCUGUUUUUAAUAAUUACUGACUUGACAUGAGGUCAGGCAUUUUAUGGAUCUCAGAACCACUUUAGUUUCAACCUUUCAAUUCACCGGUUUUCUACAGAUGUUUCCUCAUUUCUACUCUGAGCCCUCCUUCCGUCCAUCUCUUGACAUCUCCACUUUUUCUAACCAUCAUGUUUUACUUUACCAUAAUCUUUUGUACAUCUCAGACUUUUCAGUUGCGUGUUGAAAUACCUUUUUAGCAGGACUGACCAUGAGUUAGUGUUGGCCAGUUGGUGCAGGACGUCGAAGGUCUCAACUGGAAUAAAUGUUCUUUUGAAUGAUCCUUAACAUUCGAACUACAGCUGUUUAUACCAUCAAGACUGCAGAACUCAAACUACAUGGUUUUUUUUCUUUUUCAUGUAAUCCAGUCUGUGGUAGUGAAUUUUCAACAGCUUCCAGUCCACUUGGCUUCUUAGUGGGAUUUUGGCGUCACCCUAUUGAGAUGGAGAGUUUUUAUUUAGAUGGCAGGACUUUCU